CAGGUUUAUAGAUGACAGGUAUUAGGAUAAUGGUCAUAGUGAUCAUGAUUAAGAAAGCUCUUCUAAUUAAUGUUCAAUGGAACAUAAAACAGAACAUGAUAGAAAUUGGAAAGCCACUACUUUUAGACUGUGAAAUUCCACAUAACUUUCAACCAAACAAAAGCAGACAGUGGACAAGAGGGGAAGACAACCAACUUCUGUGCUUUGACAAUAUUGCCAUUAACAGGAACAAGUAUGAUGGAAGGAUACACUCACCAACUGAAUAUUUACUCACAAUUUUAGAUAUAACAGAAGACGACUUAGUGUAUGUAUACUCCUGCAGAGUCGGUUUUGCAUUCAAGCAAAAACAAAUAGAAGUAAAUGACAGCAAUUUACUACAUAAACCAGAAACAACAGCCAUAAAGUACGAGAUGUUGAAUGGAAAUUAUUCACUUCGUUUAGAUUUCAGUCAGGUUUUUCCAAAACCGUUAUGUAGGGUAAAGUUAAAUGACGAAUACAAGAAUUUAACAAUAGCACAUGAAAAACAACCUCGAGUGCUGUAUAGAGUAAUAUAUAUAUUAGAAUCUAAAGAAGCUCUUCAUAGUUGUGGUAAAACAGUAAACAUAGAAUGCGAUAUAGGACGACAGAAGCUCAAUAUAUCUGCAAAACAUGACUUGGACUGCAAAACUCUAGAUGAAACUAAAUCAACAAUUAUACCGUACACAGCCAUUGCAGUGUCAAUAACUGCCUUUUUCGUAGUUGUUGUAACGCUAAUUCUAGUAUGUUACAUUUACAUAAGACAUAAAAAUUCAAAAGGAAAAGAAUAUAAACCAACUACAUGUAAUGAAGACAUGUUGGUAAACAUGCCUAAGGAGCCUAACAUACAAUCUAACAAAAAAUUCCAACCAUACUGUCUCUGACCUUGUCGAGGUUGGUUGGCUUUUUACUAACAGGAGACCCUUCUUAUGUUACUUGUUCUGGAGACUUCCUAUAGACUAGAUGUUUACUUCUAAAUCAUAUUAUUUACCUAAAUUAAUCAUCUGAAGCAAGCGAUCGUUAUUAUUUAUUCUGGUCAUCAAAAGAAAAACAUCAGAACACAGGCUAACUUAGUUUAUAGAAAGUAGGAAUGCUUGUCAAUCAUCUAUAUAUUACAGUGUUAUGUUGCAGUGUUGAUAUUUGUAUUGUAACAGACUUAUUAAUGAUAC